UGCAUACUGUUUCUACAAAUUAUUUGUGAAAGACUGUGCAAUAAGUCCAUCCGUAAAAUUUCCUUGCUACUAAAUUUUCCACGGUCAACUGUUAGUGGUAUUAUAACAAAGUGGAAGCAACUGGGAAUAAUAGCAACUCAGCCACAAAGUGGUAGACCACUAAAAAUGACAGAGCAGGGUCAACUCAUGCACAGUGCGAAGAAGUCGCCAACUGUUUGCAGAGUCAAUAGCUAAAGACCUCCAAACGCCGUGUGGCCUUCAGAUUAGCACAACAACAGUGCAUAGGGAGCUUCAUGGAAUGGGUUUCCAUGGCCAAGCAGCUGCAUCCAA